GUGACGCCACCUACCGGCAACUGUGGCCUUGGCUUCAUUUUUGAAGAUGAUGUCUGUGUGGAAGGGGUAACAUCGUCAACACCUCCUACCACUCUGGAUGUCCCUCUCAACGUAUCGGCGUCGUCCAACUCGGCAGUCUUGGCGUGGAAGAGCCUAAGGACGCCCAGGACGCCGUAUGUGACUGGACUGCAGAUAGAAUACAGGGAAGAGGAGGUAGAGGAUAUGAUACUCUGGAACCAGACUGACCCUCUGGACCCAAGCGUCACCAGCCACGAGCUGACCAGGCUACAAGCGGCCCGGGGCUACAGGGCCAGACUGGUCAUCUUAACCAAUAUUGUGGACAACAAUCGUGUACGACUGACUCCGAUCAGAUUUGAAACAAAGCCGUUUAAGAGCAUCACUGUGAGAAUUAACCUCCAAUUGCAAGAAGUUGGCGUUGGUGUCACUACCGUCGUCAUCAGAUGGGUAAAGUUGGCGGAUUCCAUUUUGGAGAACCUCGUUGCUAUGGAGGUGCGGUACAUGCGCAGCGGUGCAGCUGCACUGGCCAACCCAGGUUCGGGGCCAGGAGUACAGGUGGUGCGUCUUAACCCCUCAAAGACUUCCGUCACUAUUUCGGAGUUGUCGCAGUCCACGGCCUACAUGGCGCAGAUCAUUCUCUUCUUCAGCAACAACACUCUGGCGGAAACGGCGUCCAUACACUUCGUCACUAUGGCCGCAGUUAAGUCGGAGAACUUGCUCGUGCCUUUGGUGGUAUCUGCAGUGGUUGUCGUCUGUGCUGUCGCCAUCGUGAUGAUCACGUGUUGCCUCUGGAGACGGAACAGACAACGAGAGGCGCGGGAAACGGCAUUUGAGAACAAAACGUUUGGCCUUCACAUUGAGACAGAUGGACGAACGCUAAGUGCAAGACCUUAAUCGUUGUGUCGUGUUUCUUCAUCCUAUGUGAUGUCCUCAGGAACAUGGACCAUGUACAGUUCCACGGAUCACUAUUGCAGUGGAAUUAAGAGUCUUUUUGGAGAGUAAACCUAAUCAAACUACCGUCCACAAACUGUAUCUAAAUCCGGAAUUGUUCCAGGUUGAGAGGGUGUUCAUUGACAAGUGUAGCUAUGACAAUGUGGUAAGAGGUGGCAGUGUCCUGUGAUCUACUGGCAACAGUUGUGUUCCUUCAAAUGAAGACUGACGUGACAGCGAUAAGACAAAGUGUUUCUACUAUUGCUCGUGAGU